UUCAAGCUUUAAGCAAUACAAAAAUACCUAAUUUAAGCUAAUCAGUCAUCGGUAUCACACUACAGUAGUCAGUACUAUUGUGACUGGAACAUUUAAUUUGGUUACUGGUGACAAUAGAUAUAAAUGUGCUAUAGUGGUUAAAGGUUUUUAUUUAUUUUUUUAAACACUCUGUUUGGUGUAAAUGCUGAAUGUGAGAUGACAGAAAUCAACAUGCAAGAUCUAACUGUGAAUAAUAUUUCUUUUACAACUUUCACACUGAAUGGUUACCAUGAUUUAAAAGAAUGGCGGCCCAUAUUAACCAUACCUUAUCUUUUUAUGUUUAUGUUGUCUACCACCUCUAACUCAUUUCUGAUAUUUUUAAUUAUAACCCAGAGAGCUCUGCACUCUCCAAUGUUUGUAUUAAUUGGCCUGAUGGCUGCUGUGGAUCUGUGUUGGCCAAUAAUCAUCGUACCAAAUAUGUUACUAAACUUUGUAUUUGAAUGGAAUCAGAUUUCUCUUCUAGGAUGUUUAAUACAGAUGUUUUGCAUUCAUUAUGUUGGUACAUUUCAGUCUACUGUACUGCUGUGGAUGUCUCUGGAUCGGCUCUUUGCUAUUUGCAAACCUCUUUCUUACCACAAAUACAUGCAAAUGCCCAACUUUCUAAAGUAUGCUAUUGUGCCUGUAAUCAGAAAUACAGUUUUGGUCAUUUCACUGGUCUCCUUGGCUGGAAAGCGGCAAUAUUGUAUGAAAAAUGAGAUUGAUCAUUGUUUUUGUGAACAUAUGGCACUAGUCCAGUUGGCAUGUGGAGAUAUUUCUAUUAAUAACGUGGUAGGACUGUUAACUGCUUUUUUAGUUACAACUUUAGAUUUUGUACUUAUUACUGUAUCUUAUGCAAUAAUAUUUGCUUCUGUCAUAAAAUCAGGAAGGUCUCACUCUAAAGCUGUUAACACCUGUGUCACACAUAUCAUCGUUAUUACUGCUAGUUUAGUGUUUGCCUUGACAGCUUUUUUGUCAUACAGAAUAAGAAAUAAUUUUUCUCCUAACAGCCGUACUUUUAUAAGUACAAUGUAUGUACUUUUUUCAAGCUGUUUCAACCCAAUUAUCUAUGGAUUAAGAACAAAAGAAUUAAGGGAACAGUUUCUAAAAUUCAUAAACCAUGGUAAAAUUUUACCACAGUAA